UUUUAUUACCGCGAGAGGGGAGGACCCAUCAUGCCUGGUCCAUGCCCAAGGAAGAAAAUCACGCAUGCAGUUACGUAGUACUCGGAGGAGAAGCUCGAUUAUUUGCUGCCUCACUCGCCUUAGCAUCUGCCAGCUACAUGCAGGGUUGCUGUUUAGUGGGCAUUCAUUAUGUAGCUAGCUCAGCUAUGAGGUAUCCGUGCGAUCUAGCUUCCUGAUAUUUCCUUUUAUACAUACUGCUUAUAACUGAA